CCAUCGUGGCGGAAAUACGCAGUUGAAAAACGUCCAAAUGCUUUACUCACAGUUUUAUUUUGUCGGUUCCAUUCAAGAUUCCCCCUGAUGGGACAGAUGAAAGCAUUUUUCUAUGCAAAUUCGAAUACAGUCUAAAUCUUACAGUGGAACCUCCGAAACUAAUCAAUGAAUUCCUGACGAAAGAGGUGAAGAGACAAUUGAAACUCCAAUUAUGUUACGUGUGACCCGGAGCACCCUUUCUCCGUGGAUUGAGAGUCUCAUCCAGAGUUACAGCAGUGAGGACGAGAGCAACGGUGGACGACUGAAAGCUUAUGUUACUUCUCUGGGGCAGAUGUCUCAGUCUCAGGCUCGAAACGUCGAAGGCCCCACAGGGCUGCUCUUGCUAUCCGAUGGGGUAGUGCAGAUCCCAGCCAUUCUAACGUCAUCUGCAUGGGAGCAUCUUCAGGAGCAGGAGGACAAGGAAUGUUUCACUAGUCUGCUCAACACCACCGUUUGUGUUCGAAACUACCGACUGCAGUUUUAUAUGGACACGGAACUGACAAAAUGUAAAUUCUUCUUGUCAGUUGGAGAAUUGCAUACCACAGCAGCAGGCCCCUCCAAAGGCAACACACCCUGCUGCACCUCUUUGCUUUCUGUCCAGCAGAAAAUCUGUGAGACAUGGAGGACGGUGUUGGUUAGAGAGACAGAGGACUCUCAAAAAAGCCACAAUGACUUUGACCUCUCUGAUCUACUGGGGGAGUGGCAGCAUGACAGUUUUCAAACCGUACUUGCAGAUGUGCGGGAGAGACUGAUGACGCUAAGGACUGCAGAUCUGCAGUCUUCUACAUCCACUUGUGUUCCAUCACUGAAUCAACUGAACACGUUCACUCGCGCCGGCUGGGACAUAGAACUGGCGACACAUAACGGCACGGCAUGUUUCACCAUCCCGAUAAAGUGUCUCCUCAUUCCAGAAGGACAUGCUAUGGAGGACCAAAAUGCAAAUGCUGAUGUAUUGACAAUGGAUGAGGACGGGGAGUUCAAGUUGUUCCUUUCGGAGAGCCCUGUUGCUCCUGAAGGGUGUCAAACAGCUGAGUUGACCAAGGGAGUGGCGGAAACCCAAAACUAUGUCGAUAACACCAUGCAUCAUAACAACAUAGAUGUAGUUUUGACUAAUAAAACCCUGACACCUUUAGAGAAACCAUGGGAAAUGUUUCCUGCACCAGGUUUCACCAUCCCAGAUCGGUCCCAAGAAGACAUUCCAAGACAGUUUGUUCAGUGCGACCAACAAAACCCUCACAUCAACAGAACCAGUAACCAAAACCCUGUUACGAGCACACAACCUGAGAAUAUACAACACAGCAAAGGGAACUACAGCUCCUUACCGCCAUAUCAAAAACUGCCACUGCCAUCUGACAGCAGCGACACAGCAACACCAAUCAAUAGCCAGACUUUGAUUGAGUAUGUUGACAUGCAAGAAAUAGCUGUAGGGUGGCAAUAUAGAACAGCAAUGAGAAAAAGGGAAUGGGCGUCAGUCCAAGAAGAGCAAACUACCGUCGCGAUGGAGGAGGUUCACUUCCCAUACGGCCUGUUGCACUCUGUGACAGGUUCAGGCACUGUUGGAGGCAGCAUUGACAUUCAAACUUUGGGUGCUAAACAAGGAAAAAUGACUGUUCACACUGAUGGUGGACCGUUCCUUUACACUUAUAAUGUCACUGGGCAGAAUCUUCAGGACUUGAGCCGCUUCACAGUGGCAGAACCUCUGCUGUCCUGGGCUGUCAAAUAUCUUGUCCUUCCAGAGCAGACUAUCUAACCUAUGCAUAGUUUCUAAAUACGUAUAUUAGCCAGGUAUACUGUAUGUUCAGGUUCUUGACCUCAAGCUCUUUGGGGACAAAAAAAAAAAAUAGAAAUAGCCACAUGAAUCAUGAAACAUGAAUGUCCAAUUUGGAAGCUUCACAAAAUAGAAUAUUGCACACCAGUUACUUGGUAAAUACUGUGGAAGGUGAAUGAUCGGUACAUUAAGUUUUUCAACGAAAAAAAAAAACAUUUGAAGUUCAUAAAAUAAAGGUUUCUAACUACUUGAAUGUGUUCCAAAAUUAGGAAAUGCAAGUCAACCUGUUUCAAAUAGAAACAAAGUAAGCAAACUUUUUGUUGAAGAAAAUUCAUAUUUUUGUGUUUUAUUAAAAUAAAUGGGAAAUAAAGAGGUCAAAUAAAAGUUUAAUUCUGCAGUCACAGUGCAUCCCCCAAAAAUUGCGGUAAAUUGGCAAAUUAGGUUUAUUUUUCUAAAAAGCCAACAGAUGUCGCCAAAGUUCCGAAAUUCUUGACAUCAGAAGGUCACCGUUUCAAGUAUAUACGGAAGUCACUGCAGAAAGGGAAAAGGUUUGUGAGCUGUUAUCCUGCCAAUGUCCCCCAUCAACAAUUGUGUUGUCUUCCACCCCCCCCCCCCC